CCCCCCCCCAACCCCUGCUGCUCUCCCCCCCUGCAACUCACAGCAGGGCUUACCCUGCUGGGGAGGUGUUCCAGGCACCAGUCUGCUCCUGGUUCCAAGUGUGUGCUGCCUGGCAGAGGGGUGUGCUGAGCCCAGGUGCUCUCCCACUCCCUUUGCAGGCAGGUUUAGAAACUGGCAGCAUUUACCCUCAAUGCAGAUGCUCUGGGUCCUGGAGCAGGAGUGGGGGUGAAGCACCUGGACGCCUGCCUUGGUGGAAGCUGUGGGCAGGGACUGCAGCCAAGCUUCAGCUUUCUGUGCUUUUCCUGCCAAGCUGGAGCCACUCGCAGCCCAAUACUGGGCUGGGGGCCUGUGUGGAUCGCAUCUCACCCGGUGCAGGGUGCUCCCUGAGGUCAGGGCUGGAGGCAGAACCAGCUCCAGGAGCAUUGCAGCACGGUGGGUUCAGGGUAGGAGCUGGCUGUGGAUGGAGUCAGGGCAUAUGCAAGCUUCUCCAGGGGCUUUGCCGGGAAAGUUGCUGGCCAGGCUGCAGUGGCCUUGCCAUGGGGUGUGCUGUCCCCCACAGGGAUGGGGCACAGUGGUCCCUGCUGCAACAAGGAGGCUGUGAGGGUGCACCAGGGGCUCAGCACCUGCCACAGAGCUGGGGCAACUUGAGCAAGCAGGCAUGGGCUGGGAGUGGGCACCGAGUGUGGGCACACCCAGGAAGGAGGGAGGGAGCUCGGAGGGUGUGCUGAGCAGAGGAUUAGGGCAGGGAGGUCACAAUUGCAGGUAGGGUGAGGAAGGGAGGCCAGGGCUGCUGGGCCGAUCCGGGUCAGCCGGGUCGAGGCAUGUGGGAUGUGGCCCAGGGAUGCUGUCAGCAAUGCUGCAUGGGCCAGGCACAGCCCAGUGCCAGCUCCGGCAGUGCCCCGGGCGGUGGGUAAAGUGUGUGACAGGGUCACCCUAAGAAGCUGGCACAUCCUGUGCCACGGUCCCACCGGGAUGCUGCCCUGGGGCAGGAGCUCUGGGACCCCACAACACUGGGGGGGGGGGGGGGGGGGGGGUGCGCGAAUCCGGGGAAGAGCUGGCUGUGCAGAGGGGCAGGAACAUCCCACUCCUGCCCGGAGGCUGUUUGUGUUUGUCCACAAGAGGGAAAUAUUUCUCCAGGAUCACAGCAACAGUGAGCCCCGCUCCCAGGAUCCCGCUUCCAGUAUGCCUGUGCCCUGGUGCAGGACUGCUCCUCCACCUGCUGCUUCUUCCCCAGGUUGUUACUCACCAGCUUCCUUUAACGUUUUACUGGCCCUGGUAAUAAAAGCUGAUGGUUGGAUGCUGAAUCAUCCCGGGACAUGUGCCCUUGUCCCUGUGCUCUGCUCGGCUCUGAAGGACCAACUAGCUCUGGGUUAAAUGAAGAGGGGGUGAAUCCUUCACCGUCGUUUUGGGGCGCACACCAGCUGGUGGCUGCUGCAGCUGGGAGGACGGGACCCCUCAGCAGCUUGCCUAGAACCAGUGGCCACCAGCAAGGGCUGGGUCUCCCCAUGCUCAGGGCUGAGGUCUAGCUGCCUGGCAGGACCCUGGAGCCUGAAGUGAUGCUGCACUGAGGCUCUGCGUGCCUGGCUCCUGCCUUGGCACUGAUGUUUUCAGAGUUGCAUUCCCUGUAAAGGUAGCUCAGUCCCAGCUCCAUGUUCCCAGACUCCCAUCCCCGCUGGCCUGGCUAAGGGACAAAAUUCACCCCCCCCCAGGCUCCUCGGCCCGCUGCGGGGCAGGUCUGCAAACACCGUGAGAAACCCCUGCGUGCUGGAAGCACCAGCAAGAAGCGGCUUUGAGAGGAUUUGGUGGGGCUGCCCAGCAUCUCCAGUGCCACCAGCUCUGUGCCAAGGCGUUGCCCUUCCCCUGGGUCUCACUUUUCCUGCUCAGCAGGAAGUUCUUAUCAGCCGGUGUUGAUAGGGAUGAGCUCCAGCAGCCUCCACAGUGUUUCUGCUCCUGGGAGCUGUGGCUGGGCAGGCAGCAGGCAGAGACGGAUCCCAAAACAGAGAGGAAAAGGGUAUACAGGGCACCCCCGGUGGCCAGCAGUGGCCAGGAAGCAGGUGAUCACUGUGGAGCAGCAGGAGCUGCCCUAUUAACCCCUCCCCAAAGUCGGGGUUAUUAGCUUGGGUGUAGCAGCCGGCUGGCAGGUUAGUCACAGCUGGAGGUGGAAGACCCAUGGGGCAGAGGGAUGGGGCCAGGAGCUUCCUUCCAGGGCUGCCGGUUUGCCCCUGAGUCGUAACCGGGGGCUGCCCAGCCCAGCCCAGCCCUGUCUGCCCCUUCCCCCAUGGCAGCUGGUCCAGGCACCCCGUGGCGUGUGGGACUACAAGCAGGCAGUGCUGGAGGGUAGGAGGAACUUUGAUGAAUUGAAUUGCCCCACAGCUGCAUCUGAUAUGCCAGAAAAGGAGAAAAUUAGUCAUGAAGUGCUGCUCCACCCGGAGAGGGAGAGCUAACGGAGCAGUUUAACCCUGUGGGGGGAAACUCUGAGCCCUGGUGUUCGAUGCUCUCAAGCAGGUGGAGCAGUGGCUGGGAGCUGGCCGCUCUCUGUCCCCCCUGGGCCACCCCUGCGGAGAGAUGCUGAGGGUAUCCCCGCAGUGAUGGGUGUGUCCAUGAGUGUCUAUGGGAGUGGGCAUGUCCUGGGUGAUGUGACCAGGACCAGGCAGUGUCUGUGUGCCUGGGUGAGCUGGCCCAGUUCAGCCUUGGCUCUUUGGACUGGGAAGGUUGCUCUCAGAGGAGCAGGGAGCACUCCUGGCAUGGUUUGUCACCAGGCUCAGAAGAGCAGAGCUCUGCUCCUGGCAUAGCCAGUGUCAGGGCACUGGGCUCCCCUCUGUGGGUCUGGCUCAACACCACAGCCCUGGCUGCCAUUGCCAGGGACCAGAGUGCACCCCUGCCUUUGCAGUAGCUGGGGCACUUGCCAGCUUGCUGCUACUGCUGCUGCCUUCCAUGGUGUGUGCUGAGGUGGGGCAAGCAAUGAAAAGGCUUGGGCAGGGCAUGGCAGCGGUCCCAGCUCCUGUGUGGCCACACCUGGUGGGUCGUUUUGCUGCGCCGGGCCGCGCAGCCGUGUUUGCCAUCCUUGCUUGGGGGUCCUGGACCCUCCCCACGCUGGGUGCAUGGCCACAGCAGGAGGGAAUGGGGGAACUGGGGUGAUGGGCAGGGGUAAAUUGACUGAGGUGCUGUUAGAGCUCAUUAGCAGGACAGCCUGCCCAUGGGCUCUGCUGUGCUUCCAGGGAUUCAUCCAGACCCUGCCUGACAAAAGAAAGAAAUCAGCUCUUCCUUCAGGGUGUUGCAGUGGGUUGUCAGGACUGCCCCAUGCUGUGCCUCCCUGUGCUGGUGGGGCCUUUUGCGUAGGCAGAGCUGCCAGCAUGAUGUCCCUGUCUCUCCUCUCUGGGGGCUGAUGCCCUUGCAUGGCAGCGGAAGGUGAGGGAGACCUGCUGUUCUCCAGAUCCUGGGGCAAGGAGACAUAUGAGGGUAUGGGUCCAAGACCAGUGGUAGGUAUGGGCCAGGAGGAGAGCAAGGAGGAGUUGUGGGGGUGGCAGAGGGUGUGCUGCAGAGGGAGGUCUUGCAGCGGCUCCCCAUAAAGGCGAGGUGGGGAGGCUGGAGGUGCCUGAGGAGGAGGAGGGCUGGCAGCAGUGCAGGUCAGGGAGCAGCUGGGACAGAGACUGGUGAGCUGUGUGUUACUGGGAGGGAUGGACCCACCUCACCUUCCUGCAAGGCAAGGGUCUUUGUGGGUGGGAGGACAGAGCAUGCAGCAGGAGCUCCCCAGCAGCAGAAGAAAGAGCAGGGGCAGAGGAGAGUGGAGAUCCAGCCAGCGAGCACAGCCUGUCCCUUCAUCCCUGCCUGUACCUGCCUUGGCUGAGGGUGCCCCUGCUUGCAGGCUCCGCUCCCUGGGACCCACCGGAGCCAUGGGGGCUGUCGGCGUUCUGGGCUGGCUGCUACCGCUGCUGCUGCUGCUGCAGGUGGUGCCCCAGGCUGCAGGUGCCCGGCCCUGCAGCCCCAAGUACUUCGGCCGCGAUGCCAUGGUGUGUGUCUGCAACGCCACAUACUGCGACACGCUGGACCCCGUAGUCCUGCCGGCCCUGGGCACCUACGUCAAGUACGAAAGCAGCAAGGCUGGCAAGCGGCUGGAGCGCAGCGAGGGGAGCUUCCAGAGCAGCCUGCAUGCCCCAGAGCUGCUGCUGACGCUCAACAUGUCCACGCUGUACCAGCACAUGAAGGGCUUCGGCGGGUCCCUCUCCGAUGCUGCUGCCCUGAACAUCCUGGGGCUGUCACAGCCAGCCCAGGACAACCUGCUGCGCUCAUACUUCUCUGAGAGUGGAAUUGAGUACAACCUCAUCCGGCUCCCCAUGGCUUGCAGCGACUUCUCCAUGCGCCCCUACAGCUACGACGACAUCCCCCACGACUACGAGCUGAAGCACUUCAGACUGGCCGAGGAGGACGUGAAGAUGAAGAUCCCCCUCCUGCACCGAGCCUCAGCUAUGAGCAGGCGGCCGCUGUCACUGUAUGCCAGCCCUUGGACCUCCCCAGCCUGGAUGAAGAGUAACGGGGACAUCCGCGGGAAGGGCACGCUGAAGGGGCAGGCAGGGGACAAGUACCACAAGACCUGGGCCAACUACUUCAUCAAGUUCCUGGAUGAAUACGCCAAACACAACCUGACCUUCUGGGCAGUGACAGCACAGAAUGAGCCCCUUGCAGCACUCCUCGCGCCCCCCCAGUUCCCCACCAUCGCCUUCACUGCCACACAGCAGCGGGACUUCAUCAUCCGUGACCUGGGCCCCGCGCUGGCCCGCAGCCCCCACCGCACCCGGCUCAUGAUCCUGGACGACCAGCGCAUCCACCUCCUGCGCUGGGCCAAAGCGGUCCUGGGCAAUGCCACCGCUGCCCGCUAUGUUGCUGGCGUGGGGGUUCACUGGUACCUGGAUGGCCUCAUCCCAGCCAGCUGCAGCCUGGAGGCGACCCACAAGCUCUUCCCUGACCAUUUUCUCCUCUACACGGAGGCCUGCAGUGGCUUCCUCACCAUCCGGUUCUCUGUGUCCCUGGGCUGCUGGGAGCGAGGGGACGACUACAGCCACAGCAUCCUGACGGUCCUGAACCACUUUGUGGCCGGCUGGACCGACUGGAACCUGGCCCUGGACCUAGAGGGGGGCCCCAACUGGGUCAAGAACUACGUGGACAGCCCCGUCAUUGUGGAUAGCAGCAAGGAUGUCUUCUACAAGCAGCCCAUGUUCUACCACCUGGGGCACUUCAGCAAGUUCAUCCCCGAGGGCUCGCAGCGUGUGGGGCUACACAUCAGCCACCGAUAUCUCUCCUGUCAGCUGGAGCAUGUGGCCAUCCUGCGCCCUGACAGGGCUCUUGUCCUGGUGGUCCUUAACAGGUUUGGCUGGGACGUGCCGUUCGGGAUCCGAGACCCUGCCGUUGGUUUCAUCAAGACUGUGGCUCCAGCCAACUCCAUCCAGACCUACCUGUGGCGCCAGCAGUGAUGGCCAGGGCAGUGCUGGGGAUGGCGCCAAGUGGCUGGGGGGGUCUCCGGGUGUCAGGUCUUCCCCCACCCUUUCCAGCAUCCUUCAAUGGUGGAAGAGGGUGGUGACCUACUGCUGGGGGUGCGAGAGGGACCAGGGGUCCUGCCCCCAUGCGAGGGGCUGUGUGUGCUCCCGGCACUGGGGUCUCACCAGGGCUGCUGCUGCUGGUGCUUCCCAGCCUCCCCCUUCCCUCCCCGGCACCCCCCAGCCUCCUGAAAGCUCCUGCUGCUCUGCCUCUGGACCACGCUUUCACACGUGGCUCCCUUGAAACCUUCGUGUGUGUCUCAUACGCCAAGUAAAGCCAUGACG